AUCAUACAUACAACUCAAUCUGUCCAUCUGCAUCUUUAUUUAUAUAUAUAUAUAAAUGCCAUUUUAAAACACGCUUUUAUCCAGAUGACUCUCUCUUUCCCUCUCUCUAACUAACAAAGUGUGUUUGUCAUCACGGUGUAUGCCUGUGUAUUCCUUCUACCGCUGACCCUUGACCUCUUACCUCUAACAGGGAUGAGUCUGAGAGGCGUGGGGGCUGACCUGCGAUGUCGCUGCAUUGAGACGGAGAGCAGACAUAUUGGUAAACUCAUUAAGAAGAUAGAGAUGUUCCCUCCCAGCUCGCACUGCAGAGACACUGAGAUCAUUGCCACUCUGAGCAAGAAUGGUCAGGAGAUUUGUCUGGAUGUCAGCGCUCCUUGGGUCAAGAGGGUCAUUGAGAAGAUGCUGGCCAACAACAAAUGAAGAGGGGGAAUCAUUCCAUGAAUACUCUGGGAUUCUGAACUGUUACAAGAUACAAACCAAAUAAGUAUUUAUAAGAUUUAUAGGCUGAAUUCUAUUAUUUUCUAUCCAUGUUGAAAUACAAUACUAGAUUUAGAGUGCCAUGAGACUUUUUUAAAUGAAGAGACAGUCGGUUUCUUAUAUACAACCAAGUACUAUGUACUAAGCUUAUAUUUUAUUUUUAUUUAUCAAUAGUUUUUAUUUUGUUGAGAUUUACAUACAUUCCAGUUGUAUUGGAAUGAUUUUGUAAUGAACAACAUCACAUCCUACUUGACCCUCAAAUGUAUUUAUACAAACCUCAGUAUAUUUAUUGAUAUAUUUAUUUAGUUGCCUAUUUACUCAUGAAACUGUUGAAUCAUGUUG